GGAUCUUUCAAAAAAAAAAAAGUUGAGUUGAGUCGAGAGACAGGGGCGGGCGCCCACUGUAUUCCUUUCCACCACCUUCCAUCAUGCCCAUUCCCUCCUCUCCUCUUGACUCUUGCCCUCACCAAACCUUAAAAAACACCAGCAGACGGACACAAAAACUUUCGACAUGCUACCACUUGAUGGCUAAGAAACAUCAAACCUGAAGUCUCUGGUGUACGCACACCACAACCGUGCCCUCACCAAAUCCACUACUACUGUUUGCAUCUCUCUCUAUAUAUGUCCUGCACAUUCUUGCUUCCUUGGCUACCAAAAAACUCGCCAUCGAGCUCUGCUUCCAUUCUUCAGACUAUCAGCGCAGCUGUUUCUGGACGCGGCGUUGCUCGCUAGUUUGCUUCACGACCGCGGCUGACGGGCAUGGAGAGGAACGGCAAUGCCAAUGCCGGGCCACCGCUGGAAGAGAACAAGGGCGCGGACGGCAAGAGCGGGAGCCGACGGAGCACGCGGUUCAAGGAGGAGAACGAGUACGUGGAGGUCACGCUCGACGUCGGGGCCGACGACGCCGUGGCCGUCCAGGGCGUCAGGGCCGCCGGCGAGACCCCCGAGGCGGCGCUGCUGCCCCGGAGCGGCGGCCUGUCCUCGAGGCUCAAGGCCGAGCUGAGGCGCAUCGCGUCGGCCAAGCGUGGGGGUGGCGACAACGCGCCGGCGAGCCAGCCCCGGCUGGACCGGAGCAUGACCGGCGCCGCGCGCGCGCUCAGGGGCCUCCACUUCCUCAACCAGAGCGUGGUCACGCGGGGCAGCUGGCCCGAGGUGGACAAGCGGUUCGACCGCCUCGCCGUCGACGGCCUGCUCCUCCGCUCACGCUUCGGCCAGUGCAUUGGGAUGGUUGGAUCGGAGGAAUUCGCGGCGCAGAUGUACGACGCGCUUGCACGGCGAAGGGGGAUCGUUGCUCAGGUGCUGACCAAGGAUGAGCUGAGGGAGUUCUGGGAGCAGCUAUCCGACCCAGGCUUUGAUGCCAAGCUGCAGACUUUCUUUGACAUGGUUGACAAGAACGCAGACGGUCGGAUCACCGAAGAGGAGCUCAAAGAGGUCCUCACUCUGACGGCCUCUGCAAACAAGCUCACCAAGAUCCUGGAGCGCGUCGACGAGUACACGGCGUUGAUCAUGGAGGAGCUCGACCCCGACCAGCUCGGCUACAUCGAGCUUGCGACACUGGAGUCCCUGCUGCUGCUGCCCCCUUCCCAGGCGCCGACGAGCCUGGUGGCGCACAGCUCCAACAUCAGCCAGCUGAUCAGCCAGAGGCUGGUGCCGGCGCGGGACGCGAACCCGCUCCGGCGGGGCCUCACGGCGGCGCGCUACUUCCUGGAGGACAACUGGAAGCGCGUGUGGGUGAUGUCGCUGUGGCUGUCCAUCAACGCCGGCCUCUUCGCCUGGAAGUUCUACGCGUACCGCCGCCACCCGACGUUCGACGUGAUGGGCUACUGCGUGUGCGUGGCCAAGGGCGGCGCCGAGACCACCAAGUUCAACAUGGCCCUCAUCCUCCUCCCCGUCUGCCGCAACACCCUCACCUGGCUCCGCUCCCGGACCAGCCUCGGCGCCGCCGUGCCCUUCAACGACAACAUCAACUUCCACAAGGUGGUGGCCGGGGGCGUGGCCGUCGGCGUGGCGCUGCACGGGGUGACCCACCUGACUUGCGACUUCCCGCGCCUGCUCCACGCCAGCGACGAGGCCUACGAGCCGAUGAAGCGCUACUUUGGGCAGACGAGGGUCCCGGACUACUGGUGGUUCGUGAGGGGCGUGGAGGGCGUCACCGGCGUCGUCAUGGUGGUGCUCAUGGCCGUCGCCUACACGCUGGCGCACCCGCGGUUCCGCCGGAGCAAGCUCGGCGCCGGGAACCCGCUCAAGAGGCUCAGCGGCUUCAACAUGUUCUGGUACUCCCACCACCUCUUCGUCGUCGUCUACGUCGCCUUGGUCGUCCACGGCGUCUGCCUCUACAUCAACCGGACAUGGUACAAGCAGACGACAUGGAUGUACCUUGCCGUCCCCGUGCUGCUGUACGCCGGCGAGCGGCUUCUUCGGGCGCUGAGGUCGCACGGACUCACCACGGUGAGGAUCGAGAAGGUGGCGGUGUAUCCUGGGAAUGUGAUAGCCAUCCACAUGAGUAAGCCCCACGGCUUCAGGUACAGGAGCGGCCAGUACAUCUACGUCAACUGCGGCGAGGUCUCGCCGUUCGAGUGGCACCCAUUCACCAUCACCUCGGCUCCCGGCGACGACUACCUCAGCAUGCACAUCCGGUGCCGGGGCGACUGGACGAGCAGAUUCAGAGCCAUCUUCUCCCAGAUAUGCAGGCCACCGUCGGCAGGGCAGAGCGGUCUCCUGAGAGCCGACUUCACGUCCAUGGUGGAGCACAACGCCAACGCCAAGUUCCCGCGGCUGCUGAUCGACGGGCCCUACGGCGCGCCGGCGCAGGACUACCGCAAGUACGAUGUGCUCCUCCUCAUCGGCCUCGGCAUCGGCGCCACGCCGCUCAUCAGCAUCGUCAAGGACGUGCUCAACAACGUCCACCGGCAGGGUCAGGAGCAGGAGGGCGACGAGGGGUUCAUGACGAAGCGGGUCUACUUCUACUGGUGCACGCGGGAGGAGGGCUCCUUCGAGUGGUUCCGCGGCGUGAUGAACGAGGUGGCGGAGCGCGACGCCGCCGGCGAGGAGUCCGUGGUGGAGCUGCACAACCACUGCACCAGCGUGUACGAGGAAGGCGACGCGCGGUCGGCCAUGGUGGUGAUGCUGCAGGCGCUCCACCACGCCAAGAGCGGCGUGGACGUGGUGUCCGGGACCCGCGUGCGCACGCACUUCGCCAGGCCCUGCUGGCGCGACGUCUUCAAGCGCGUCGCCUGCGACCACCAGGGGCAGCGCGUCGGGGUCUUCUACUGCGGCGACCAGAAGCUCACGCCGGAGCUCAGGCGGCUGUCCCAGGACUUCUCGCACCGGACCACCACCAAGUUCGUCUUCCACAAGGAGAACUUCUGACCUGAAUUUCGACAUGCAUGCUAAUUAGGCUAUAUAUAUACAGGAACGUAGAACAUAUACACUUUAUUCGCUUGCUGUUUGCUAGUAGUAUCAGACACGUACGGUCUUGCAUUGGGUAUGCACAUUUCUUCCUUUCUUCUUUGUAUAUCUAAUUAACUAAUAUAAGUAGGAGAGCAUCUCUCAAAUCAUUAAUUUCCUCAAAAAUGACAACUUCAUCCCCGUA